UGAAACAAGAUGUCUGGACGUGGUAAAGGAGCUGGCAAGACCAAAGCCAAGGCAAAGUCUCGCUCAUCCCGAGCGGGACUUCAGUUCCCCGUCGGUCGUGUCCACAGGCUGCUGAGGAAGGGGAACUACUCAGAGCGCGUCGGCGCUGGAGCUCCGGUCUACCUGGCGGCGGUGCUGGAGUACCUGACCGCUGAGAUCUUGGAGCUGGCCGGGAACGCCGCCCGCGACAACAAGAAGACCAGGAUCAUCCCGCGUCACCUGCAGCUGGCGGUCCGCAACGACGAGGAGCUGAACAAGCUGCUGGGUGGAGUGACCAUCGCUCAGGGUGGUGUCCUUCCCAACAUCCAGGCGGUGCUGCUGCCCAAGAAGACCGACAAGGUCGCUAAGAAGUAA